UAAACUGGCAUGCUCAUCUUAUCAUUUUCAGCAUAGGAAUAUGAGGCAUAGUGCUUGAUUAGAUUUUCUUGUUUAUCUCAAAAAAGAAAAGAUUAGACUUUUCUUGUUAUAUGUCUGUAGAUGACCUACAAAUAACAACCUUCCUGUUUACCUCCUCAUACAUACUCACAAGUGCAUAGGCAUGGCCAGCUCGUCAGCGUUGGAGUUCACCGUGAGGAGGAAGCUUGCGGUGCUUGUGCCGCCCGCGGCCCCUACGCCGCGGGAGCUGAAGAGGCUCUCCGACAUCGACGACCAGGACGGGCUUCGCUUUCAGGUCCCCAUCAUCCACUUCUUUCGGCAGCAUGACGGCCGGGACGACGACCCUGCGCCUGUACUACGCGGCGCCAUAGCGGCGGUGCUCGUGCACUACUACCCGUUCGCGGGGCGGCUGAGGGAGCUCGAGGGCCGCAAGCUCACCGUCGACUGCACCGGCGAGGGCGUGCUGUUCGUCGAGGCUGAUGCCGACGUCUGCCUCGACCAGUUUGAUGCGGCCCUGGGGCCGCCCUUCCCGUGCCUCGACGAGCUCCUAUUCGACGUCCCCGGCUCCUGCGGUAUCCUCGACUGCCCGCUCCUCCUUUUCCAGGUGACACGGCUCGCUUGCGGCGGCUUCGUCAUGGCUGUGAGGGUACAGCACACGAUGGCAGAUGCGGCGGGGAUGGUGCAGCUCCUGGGUGCUAUCGCGGAGCUGGCUCGGGGUGCGCCGGCGCCAACAGUGCAGCCGGUGUGGGGGCGCGAGCUGCUGCAGGCGCCGCUGCUGAACGAUGAUGUACUACUCCCACCGCGUUUUGCGCACCGUGAGUACGAUGAUGUGAUGGACAUGAAUGACGCCAUCGUGCCCUUUGAAUUCAUGGUGCACCGCUCCUUCUUCAUUGGGUGGCGGGAGAUCUCCGCCAUCCGAUCCCACCUCCCGUCGGCUCUCAGCCGCGAAGCUACCAACUUCGAGGUCAUCACGGGGUGCCUGUGGAGGUGCCGCACGACAGCUCUGGCCCCCCAUGCCGACGAGGAAAUGAGGAUGAUCUGUACCGUCAACAUCCGUGGCAAAAAAGACACUAUCAUCCCCGUCGGCUACUAUGGCAACGCCUUCGCUUCCCCGGUCGCCAUCUCCACGGCCGGUGACUUGCUCGCCAACCCUGUGAGCUAUGCCGUGGAGCUGGUGAUGAAGGCGAAGCGGGAGGUGGAUGUGGAGUACAUCCUCUCCGUGGCAGCGCUCAUGGCACAACGCGGGCGGCCACACUUUGCGGUGGCACACACCUACCUCGUGUCGGACGUCAGCAAGGUUGGAAUCCGCGACCUUGACUUCGGCUGGGGCAAUCCGGUGUAUGCCGGUCCGACGAAGGGCGGAGUCGUCGACAUACCAGGCGUCGGCAGCUUCUUCAUUGCUGUAAGGAAUGCCAUGGGCGAGGAGGGUAUCUCAGUCCCCGUGUGCAUGCCUGGCCCCACCAUGGACAAGUUCGUUAACGAGAUGGGCAAGCUCAUGCGCCCGGCAUCGGCUGGCACGUUUUCCAAGAUGUGAUCUGCAAUCUGAGUUUGAAUCAUCAUCUGGUAACACGGUUUCAAUUGACCAUCAAAAUGAGUGCUUGUACCUGAAAUCUCGACCGACUACAUGCUUCUGCGUUUAGUCACUUUCUUCUUUAGCAAACAAUGUAAGUAUGAUUUAAAUAAUUAAUAAAGAUAGCCAUGACGGCUUUGU